CAUGUUCUGGAACGAGGACAGUAUCAGAAUUAUUCUAUGGUUAGAUGGAAAGGAUAGAACGAAAAAAACAGAGUUUAAAACCGCCUACGAUUUUGGAUUCAUUCUAGAUACAACUCAAUUAGAUUCUUUCGAUGAAUCUGUGUUAGUUGUUACAAUAAAAAAAACUGAAAGUUGUAUUUUUCCAAGACAAAUAUCAAAUCAUUUUGGCUGGAUUAUUGUACCCGCUUUCGAUUAUAAUACAGACCAUGUUGAACUACUGAAAAACGGUGUUUUAAUUGAGCAUCAAUCAAACUAUGUUCCUCUCCUCGACGGUACUCUUAACAAUUACCUCUUUCCAAUUGAAAGUGGAGAAAAUGAUAAAGGAGAGUUGACACUUUUGUUAUGCAUUCAAGCAGAAUAUGUAGGAGAAAAUUUUAUGGGUUGCAAUUUAUCAAUCAGACACGAAAAGAAUAGUAUAAACUCUUUGAAAAAUCUUGUCUAUUUGAAGGAUUUCAAAUUGAGUCAAAUGAAAGAUACUUGGAUUCGGAUUCGAAUUAAUGGAGACUUGAAUUUUACAGUCUCAUCUAUAAAUUAUUUAUCAAAGGGAAUUAUUUACAACAAGCAAUUUUAUAUUGAAAAAAUAGAUAAUUUAGAAAUUCGAAUGGAAACUAAAAAUAAGAAAUUGAUUUGUGAUACUUGUCCAGUGUUAAAUAGGUUGAAUAAUGAUAUUAAUUCAUUUUCAACAGCUCUUUUUACUGGUGAAGAAUUGCAAUUAAAUGCUGAAAAUUCAUUAAUAAUCUUUCCAAAAAAAUCAUAUCAAAAAUCAACUGUUGUUUCCAUCCAGGAAAAUUAUUCAUUUAUUGAAGAGAAUGAUUAUAUUCUACUUAAAAGUUCUAUUGAUUGUAAACCGGAUGGAAAAUUACAAGAAGAAAUCAUGGCAAAAUUAUUUUUGAAUCCUAUUUUUAAGUCUAAAGAUAUAAAAUCAAACAAAUUUAAAUAUUUAAAGUCUGAUUUGAUUGUUGCAAAUUUGAAUCAUUUUUCCCCACACGAUUUUUCCAAUAUUAGCAAUGAUGGAAUGAGGCUUAAUGUAUCUUGUUCUAUUGAAAUAGCAGAUCCUAGCUGUGUCAAAUUUUCUAUUCAUUUUAGUUUAAAGACUGAAGAAGUUACAAAUGUUCAUUUGGAAACGAAUGAGAUAACACUUCAAAAAUUAAAUAGUGAGGUGUCAUCUACAAAUGAUCUGCGGGUAACAGUGAAAGGAGAGGGAUUUUCAAAAGUCUCUUCCAGAAACUCCAAAGAAAUAUUUGAUUGUUUUAAGCUAGCUACUCGCUCUGGCUCAGAUGGCUUUGUGCAUAUUUCGAGUAAGAAGCCACAGGAACAAGCCGGAAAUAAAGAAAUGAAUGUUUCGAUUUCAAUUAAUUUAAUUACUAUGGAUAAUUUAUUAUUAACAGAAUUUACCAAAUACGAAAGCGAAAAGAAAAUUCCUUUUGAUCUACACACAAGAAAUUUUAGUAAUGACAAAGCAUAUCAUGAAAGACUUGGUCAUAAGAAACUUUACUAUGAGUUUCAAACUGUAAAAGUUGUCAUUUUUAAUGAUUCAGAAGGUAGAGAAGGAAGUGAAUACGAUGUAGAAAAUUUAUCAAACAUGUUUGAAACUCUUAAUUACGACGUAGAAAUAUUGCAAGACCCAACGGAGAGUGAUUUUAAGACGGCAAUAAUAAAUUUGCAGUCUAAAAUGGCGGAAUUUGAUUGUUUAAUUUUCUUUAUCAUGGCUCAUGGUGACAAAGAUGGAUUUGAUUUACGUGGCAAACGUCUUUCUAGUUUCAAAGAUUUAAUGCUCUAUUUCGAUGAUGUUAAUUGCCCAAGUUUAUUUUCAAAACCUAAAGUGUUCUUUUUCAAUUGUUGCAGAGGAGACAAGCCUUUGAACAAAAGUGACUGUUCUACCAAAGACACAGAUGGAAAUUUACUAAGUAAAGUUAUUAAUAAACUGACAGGAAAAUCAAAAAGUUUGGAAAUGUCAGAUUGUAUUAAAAUUUAUUCAACAAUAGAAGGCAAAAUCAGUGAACGUUUACCUCAUGGAAGUCUUUUUAUACGCUGCUUUAUUAUCUGCAUGAGAGUAUAUUCUCACAAACAAUCUUUAACAGACAUUAUGGCGAGAGUCUAUAUGCUAAUGAACAUGAAAAUUGCAACAUAUGGUUAUAAUGAUUAUAGGCAAAUUCCCGAAACGGCAACAGCAAGAGUUUUAGGAAUGGCACCAUUAACAGUUAGUAACAUCUUGAAAUAUAAGCAACCAGAACAAGACAAUAGGGGUGGUUCAAAGAAGCUUUCCAACAGAGCGAUAGCCAGGAUGAAAUGGAUUGUGAAGAAACUGAAAGAUAACAAGCAAAGAGUGACAGCAGCAAAGAUAUUAAAGGAAUUAGAAGUAGAUAUUGUAAAUGGAGAAAAGAAUACUGCCUCAAAUUUAUUAGCAAAAAUUUGGACUGGUCUAGGGACUUGGACCAGCAAUAGUGAAAAGGACUUCAGGGUGAUGAAAAAUAUGGGGAGAGGUGGAGUAUUGGUGUGGGGGUUGAUAACCUCUGAUGGUGAUUUGAAGUCUGGAGAAUAA